CCAAAUGUAAAUAUCACGAUUCACGUGUUUCAUUAUUGAGUAUUGAAUACUAAAUAGUGGGUACUGAGUAGUUACUAGUUACUACUCAUUCGAGGCAUAUUCAGUAUUCACCUGCACUGUAAUUACCUAUUUAAUUACCAGGAAAUUGGUUCAAAUAAUUAUAGUUUACAAUGCCUAAAGUAAAGAAAGAAAAAGGGCCAAGCGAAUAUGGCAAACAAGGAAUUAUGUUUAAAAAAGACUUCGGACAACACAUAUUGAAAAAUCCGUUGAUUGUUCAAGGAAUGGUAGACAAGUCAGGUUUAUUACCUACUGAUACUGUACUUGAGAUAGGUCCUGGAACUGGAAAUUUAACUAUCAAGUUAUUGGAACGUGUCAAAACAGUUAUUUCUUGUGAAAUUGAUGUUCGUUUAGUGGCAGAGUUGAAAAAACGUGUUAUGAACACUCCUUAUCAAAAUAAAUUGCAAAUACGUGUUGGAGAUGUACUCAAAUCUGAAUUGCCGUUUUUCAAUGUUUGUGUUGCUAACAUACCGUAUCAAAUAUCUUCACCUCUGGUCUUCAAAUUACUUUUACAUAGGCCAUUUUUUCGAUGUGCUGUUUUAAUGUUUCAAAGAGAAUUUGCAUACCGAUUAGUUGCAAAACCUGGAGAUAAAUUGUACUGUCGACUAUCAAUUAAUACACAAUUAUUGGCUAGGGUUGAUCUUCUUAUGAAAGUUGGUAAAAAUAAUUUUAGACCUCCGCCAAAAGUGGAAUCAAAUGUUGUACGAAUUGAACCUCGUAAUCCUCCGCCGCCAAUCAACUUUAAAGAAUGGGACGGCUUAACUAGGAUAGCAUUUUCCAGAAAAAACAAGACUCUAGGAGCGAUUUUUAAACAAAAUGCUGUUGCUGUGACUUUAGAGAAAAACUACAGAAUUUAUUGUUCCUUGAAAAAUAUGGAAAUACCAACAGAUUUUGAUAUUAAACAAAAGUUAGAUGAAGUUUUGAACACUAAUGAUUUUUGUGAAAAAAGAGCAAGGAAAAUGGACAUUGAUGAGUUUAUAGAAUUGCUUCUUGCAUUCAACAAGGAAGGAAUACAUUUUCAGUAACAAUAAGUUAAGAUAAAUUUUGUUAAGUUAAAUAAAAUAUAUAUAAUUUCUUAAAUAUGUUGAAUAAAGAUGACUUGUACAUUUGCA